UGUGAGACAGAAGAAGAUGCAAGAGGAUACACAAGCAAGUAUUGUUAUCAUACAACAAGUGAAGAAAGAAGGAUGUAUAUAAAGGUGAACAACUCCAUGUGUAACAAUUGAACUCUACUGGCAUACUAUUACAAAAAUGCAGUGUGUUAAAGAAGAGUUUAAAGAGGAGAGUGAAGACAUCAGUAUUACAGAAUCAUGCAGAAUGAAACAUGAAGAUACUGAGGAACAAAGAGACUUGAUACAACUGAAGGAAGAAAGUCAAGAACUGAAUGACGUGGAGGAGAAACAUCAGGAUCAUACAUGUGAUAUGACCAGUGAAGAAGAUAUUAGUGGCUCAAAGGUUGGAAAUCAUUUCUCACAGAAAAGAAUCCCAGGAACAAGAGCCAAAAAAUCUUUCACCUGCUCUCACUGUGGAAAGUGUUUCACACAAAAUGGAAACUUUACAACUCACUUAAGAAUUCACACUGGAGAAAAAUCUUUCACCUGCUCUCACUGUGGAAAGAGUUUUACACAAAAAGGAAACUUUACAGCUCACUUAAGAAUUCAUACUGGAGAAAAGCCUUUCACCUGCUCUCACUGUGGAAAGAGUUUCUCCGUGACAUCAAGCCUUCGGAAUCACCUGCGACUUCACUCUGGAGAGAAGCCUUUUACAUGCUCUCAAUGUGGAAAGAGUUUUGCACAUAAAGCAGCUCUUCAGCGUCACAUGAGAAUUCACACUGGAGAGAAGCCUUUUACAUGCUCUCAAUGUUGGAAGAGUUUUGCACAUCAAGAAAGUCUUCAGCGUCACAUAAGAAUUCACACUGGAAAGAAGCCUUUUGCAUGUCUUCAGUGUGGAAAGAGUUUCACACAAGCAGGGAAUCUCAAACGUCAUCUGCUAAAUCAUUCUAGAUUAAAGCCAUUUACAACUCCAUGUGUAACAAUUGAACUCUACUGGCAUACUAUUGCAAAAAUGCAGUGUGUUAAAGAAGAGUUUAAAGAGGAGAGUGAAGACAUCAGUAUUACAGAAUCAUGCAGAAUUAAACAUGAAGAUACUGAGGAACAAAGAGACUUGACACAACUGAAGGAAGAAAGUCAAGAACUGAAUGACGUGGAGGAGAAACAUCAGGAUCAUACAUGUGAUAUGACCGGUGAAGAAGAUAUUAGUGGCUCAAAGGUUGAAAAUAAUUUCUCAAAGAAAAGAACCCCAGGAACAAGAGCCAAAAAGUCUUUCACCUGCUCUCACUGUGGAAAGAGUUUCACACAAAAAGGAAACUUUAACACUCACAUAAGAAUUCACACUGGAGAAAAAUCUUUCACCUGCUCUCACUGUGGAAAGUGUUUCACACAAAAAGGAAAUUUUACAGCUCACUUAAGAAUUCAUACUGGAGAAAAGCCUUUCACCUGCUCUCACUGUGGAAAGUGUUUCACACAAAAAGGAAAUUUUACAGCUCACUUAAGAAUUCAUACUGGAGAAAAGCCUUUCACCUGCUCUCACUGUGGAAAGAGUUUCUCAGUGACAUCAAGCCUUCGGAAUCACCUGCGACUUCACUCUGGAGAGAAGCCUUUCACAUGCCUUCAGUGUGGAAAGAGUUUCAAACAUAAAAGACAGCAUUAUAUUCACAUGAAAAUCCACACUGGAGAGAAGCCUUUUACAUGCUCUCAAUGUGGAAAGAGUUUUGCACAUAAAGCAGCUCUUCAGCGUCACAUGAAAAUCCACACUGGAGAGAAGCCUUUUACAUGCCGUCAAUGUGGAAAGAGUUUUGCACAUAAAGAAAGUCUCCAGCGUCACAUAAGAAUUCACACUGGAAAGAAGCCUUUUGCAUGUCUUCAGUGUGAAAAGAGUUUCACACAAGCAGGGAAUCUCAAACGUCAUCUGCAAAAUCAUUCUAGAUUAAAGCCAUUUAACUGUGAACAGUGUGGCAUGAAUUUUCUACUUGUAUCACAUCUAAAGGUACACCUGAAAACUCAUUCAAAUGUGAAGCCUCACGUGUGCUCUUUUUGUGGAAAGAGUUUUAUUACAUUAUCAUACAUGAAAGCACAUGUGAGAGUGCAUACUGGAGAAAAGCCCUUCAAAUGCACUUCAUGUGGGAAGAGUUUCAACCACUCAAGUAAUCUAACGUUUCAUUUAAAAAAGCGUUGUCCAAAACUGUAAUAGUGAGAGAAUUUAAUUUCAGGAUCAACGCUUUGUAACACUUCAGUCUCCACUAGUCAGUUCAACAGUCUGUGAAAUAGAUCUGGUGGCUGUUAUUUGGAAGUCAUAUAAAAACCCCACAAAGGUUAGGGGCAGAAAAAUGUGGAAACACAUUUAUGCAUAUAAAUUAUCAUACCUUUGAAUAACUGGUAUCUACUAGAUUUUAUGUUGUUAACAUAUCAAUGACAAAAUUACCCUUUAGCAUAUUGCAUUACAAAUAGUGAAAUUAAAUUGGGGUUCACUUUAUUAUUUCUUUGCUACAAGUUGAUAUAAACCAAUAAAUUGAAUUUGAUCUCAUUUUACAAUUAGUGUGGGCAACAGAGGUCUACUAUAAAUGCUGAAUUAGGCUUCUACAAGUACUGUACUGUAAGACUUAAUAGUUUUAUGAAUUAAAAAGUCACAUGAUUUAAGUAUGCUUUUUGUUAAGGACACUCACUCCUAAACAGAUGCAGCCCCCUUCACUACUGUUAGUGAACACUGCUUUGUAAUGCUUGUUCAUAGUCAUUAAAACUUAUAAAUGAGCUUUUCUUACUCAUGGUGACUCGUGGAUUCGGCACUCAGCUGAGAAUGCCUUUCAGAGUUCACAGUGACCACAUUUACAUUCACUUAAUAAAACUGUUUAUUCCGGGGGUUUUGAAACGUAAUGUAAAUGUGAAAUCUCCUUAGAAGAUUUCCUAAUGCCGCUUAAGAAAUUAAUAGAAAGCGGUUCAACACACCUGGCUUUCUCCAGGAGAACGCUGCUUAUGUGGUCAUGUUAAUGUAAUGGACACAGGAGUGUGCAUGUGCAUGAACAGACGGGAUAACAAACAUUACAGGAUGGAGCCGCAAGUCAACAACGGAAAGAAUUCAUCAUUUCUGGGAGUACAGUGGGAAAAACACAGACUAUGAACUACACCCAUUUAUACACACUGCUGUAAAAUAUCGAUUGUCCCUCAAAUUUGCAUAUAUGCACUCGUACAUUGUGGGAAUCCCGGAGUUUUAUGUAAGAGGGAAAUGCCAAUAUUGCUGCGCAUUUCUGCUGCAGGUCGCUAUGGUGAAUUAUGGAAACAGGCACAGCAACAAUUCUGGAAUAUCUGUAAAUAAAACCAAGCAACUGAGAAUAAAAUAGUGAAGUCUUUCUUGGGUGCCAUGUUAAUAUUUACACAAGCAACACAGGAAAAUUACGUUGCUGUGUAGAAAGCUGCUUACUGACUAAACCGUAUGUACACA